UGUCCCCCAAAGCACAAUUGGCGCAUACGGCCAACAAAUCUAUUUACACCAUUUUAAUUCAAAGUUUCUACGGUUUAUUCAUGCAUUGAGCAUACAUUGAGCUGUCCAGCAGACGGUGUUACGUCGUGUAUUACAGGCCCAACAACGGUUUCCGCUCUUCCCCCACUUCCCCCGUUCCCACCCGCUGAACGAAAACAAUUCACUCACCGCUGCUUCAAUCGAACAAGUUUAAAAGAGCGAGAGAGAGAGAGAGAGAGAGGAACGCAGAAAGAGAAAAGACUGAGAGAGUGAGAGAGCGAGAGCGAUAGAACGCGCGUUCGUUAAACCAGAAUCUAGAGCCGAUCGACUGCGGUUGAAAUUCGUAUAUAUAGGAAAGCAAAAACAAAACAAAAUGCUAUGCCGCAAGGUAUUGCGUUCAGUGAUUAAACCUAGCCAGCUGCGUCUAGGUGUGCGUAUCGUAACCCAAUUCGGAGCCAUGGACGAUCUACAGACUCGCACAGCCCACAACAGCAACCCCAACAGCAGCAGCAGCAGCAGCAGCAGUGGUGUUGGGUCGCCGGUCUUGCCAAGGACACAGAAUCUAGGAACAGCAGCCACAUCCAUGGUCGAGCUGCAGCAUUCAAAUGGUGCUCCAUUAGAAGCACCAACAGCAGCAGCACCAACAACAGCAGCACCAACGACGGCAGCUCCGGCAGCAAUCUCUGCCACAGUGAACGAUGGCGUGCUCUUCGAGGAUCUCGUCUUCUAUCCCAAGGGACGCGAGCGUUCCGACAGUCGACAGGAUAAAGAGACUUUGGCCCGUGAGUUGGCCGAAUUUCAUGAAGCCGUCGAGAUGUUCACACAAAUCAAGCCAAACGCGCAAAGCAUUCGGGAUUCCAUAUCGAAUCUGAAGCUCAAUUCGUUAAGGGAUACGAUCAAGUAUCUAGAACGCAGCGGUCUCACACUGUCCGCCGUAGAGAAGUUGUCCGUUAUUCAUGUGGCCGGCACCAAGGGCAAGGGUUCCACCUGUGCUUUGACUGAAUCGAUCUUGCGGCAAUAUGGAGUACGCACCGGAUUCUUCAGCUCGCCGCAUUUGGUGUCGAUCACCGAACGCUUUCGCAUCAACGGCGUCCCGCUGGCGAGGAACAAGUUCACGCGUCACUUUUGGCAUGUGUACAACAACCUGAUGUCGAAGCGUGAAUACGAUAAGGAUAUGCCACCAUUUUUCAUGUUCCUAACCAUACUCGGCUUUCACGCCUUUCUCGAGGAGCGCGUCGAUGUUGUGGUCCUCGAAGUGGGCAUCGGAGGAGAAUGCGAUUGCACAAACGUGUUGCGCAACGUGAAGACCGUGGGCAUCACAUCGCUGGCAUUGGAGCACACCGAUCUCUUGGGCACAACCAUCAAGCAGAUUGCGUGGCAAAAGGGCGGCAUCAUCAAGCCCGGAUCGAAUGUCUAUACCCAUGUGACGGAUCCCGUUUGCCUUGAGGUGAUCCGCGAACGCGUCGCCGAGAAGAAGGCAACCCUGCAUCAGGUCCUCGAAACGGAGGCCUACUUCAAAUACAAUCUGUAUGCGCACUAUUUCGAUACGUUCAACGAUUAUGUCCGUCUCAAUGGCGCCUUGGCCAUUCAGUUGGCCUACGAUUGGCUGCGACAGGCGAAGGGACGAUUCCACGAGGACAAUCCCAUCAAUGAUCUGCACAUGACCACCGAGGUGCUGCGUGGUUUGGUCACCGCCCACUGGCCCGGUCGCUGUCAGCUGGUCGAGUACAAUAACAUGCGGGUCCAUCUCGAUGGUGCCCACACCAUUGAGAGCAUGCGCAUCUGCUUGGACUGGUACAUCAAGAGCACCAAGCGAACUCCAUCGAACCCCAAGAUAUUGAUAUUUAAUCGCACCGGCGGCUCGGAUCCCUCGGGCAUAGUCAACUUGGUCCACAACACGAUCAACUUUGACAUGGUGUGCUUUACGCCCAACAUUGCGCAUCCGCAGAAGCGUGAUCCCAGCCAGUCGACGAAAUAUACGAGUGCGCGACAGCAGCGUCAUCGUGCCCAGAUCAUUGCCAAAGUGUGGGAGUCGAUGUCCGAGGCGAAGCAACAGAUCAACAAGGGACAAUUGUACAACACAUGCUGGGAGGCUCUCACUGCGGUCCGAGCUCGUUAUCCCGCUCCCAUUGAGCUCGACUUGCUCGUAACGGGUUCGAUUCAUUUGCUCGGUGCCGUCAUCACAGCGAUCGAUCAGUUCCAAUCGCCAGUUCAGGCAACAGCAAUAUCAACAUCUCCAUCGUCAUCCAUACAAUCCGCAACAAUUCCGAUUGUUGAUCGGUCGCCGGUCAGUGAAUCAAAGUGUGAAAACCUCUCAAAAUUUUAACGUAAUCACAAAAAAAAAAACAGUAACAAAAUUGUUUGUUAAGUUUUUCCUAGUUUAUUAUCACCCCAUCAUCAUCAAUAACUUUCA